AUGUUUGUUGAUACAAAUAAUACUUGUGGUAGUUUAUACGAUAUUAUUGGCAAAAAUAAUUCGGAUUUGGAGUAUAUGUUGAAUUCACGUUACGAUUAUACGGUACCAUUGCAUCCAUUUGGUGAAAACAUUGAUUUAAUACAAGAAUUUGUGAAUUUAUCAAAUCCAAUUGAUUAUUGUGUUGAUAAAAUGAUUGAGUACAAAAAUGGUAAUGUUCUAUCAAAAAUCUAUACAGAAUUUAGUACAAAUUCUGAUAAGAAAUAUAUAAAUGAUCAAGUUUUACAUUUUCGAAAAUGUUGUCCGAAUGGAUAUGUUUACGAUACUGAUUUACAUUAUUGUUCGAAGAAUUUCACUUUUAUAAAAGAUGAACACUAUUUUAUUAAACGAUUGUAUGAUUUAUCUUCACCAAAAUUUUUAAAUUUUCUUGUGGGUUUAAGUGAAUGCACUAAGGCUGUGAUGGACAUGAUUGAAAUUGAUUAUGAUUUUCAAUUAAUUGACGAAGAAUUACAUGUUGUUAAUAAAGUUGAUGGAAUUAAACAAGUGUUUCUAAAUCGAAGUUAUUGUUUAGAUCAAAAUUUAUAUGGAAAAUUAGUUGCUCGAGUGUGUCGUGAUAUUAGUUUAACGUGUAACAAGGAUAUUAUUUGUGUGAAUAAAUGUUGUAAUGAAGGACAAACAUUUGGAAGACGUAAUAAAUCGAAACCAAAAUGUACUGCUGCUUAUGACUUUUUACCAUAUAGUCCAAAGUUUAUACAUUUUUCAAAAAAUAAUUCAGUUAUUGUUGACAAGGGAUUUAGUAAAUUUGGCACAAUACCAAAUUACAAAUGUCCAAAAGGACGAUAUUUGAUCGAUGAUGGUCAAGGUGAUUUGUUAACGGCUAAUGGUAAAUUAUACUUAUAUGGGGAAGAUAAAUCAAUUGGAGAUUAUUGUUUCGAUAAUGUUAUUCUACCAAAUAAGAAAGCAUUAAUGAAAUUUCGUUGUUUUCCACCAAUGACUGCAAAUAAUCCAAAUAACGCUCGUAAAGCAAAUCGUUUGGCUAUUUAUGCAUAUGGUUUAUUAAUAUCAUGUGCAUUCUUAUUGGCAACGUUGAUUGUGUAUUUAUUUUUGCCAGAAUUACAAAAUUUACAUGGAAAAACAUUGAUGGGUCAUGUUUUUAGUUUAUUUUUAGGACAAAUAGUUUUGGGAAUAGCACAAUUAAAAAUGGUACCAAUAAAAUGGGGUACCGUCGACAUAUGCACUUUAGUUGGUUUUAUCAUUAUAUUUAUGUUCUUGGCAGCAUUUUCUUGGUUAAACAUUAUGUGUUUCGAUAUUUGGUGGACCUUCGGUGGAACAAAAUCAGUGAGUGGAAGUACACGUCGGCGAAUGCUCGAACGUAAACGUUUUAUUUAUUACAACAUUUAUGCAUGGAGUGUACCAGCAGUGGUUACUGGAAUGUGUUUGACAGCUGACAAUACAACAAUUUUGCCUGAAAUGUUUCGACCAAAUGUUGGAUACCAAACAUGUUUUUUUGAUUUUGAAAGAUAUGGAAUACUUCUAUUUUUUACAAUUCCAUUCUUGUGUCAAUCUAUUUGUAAUUUGGUAUUAUUUGUGUUAACUGCCAUUCAUUGUAGUCGAGUCAAGGGAGAAAUUCAUCGUAUGCAAAUGGAUUCUAGGGGACAAAGUCGAAAGAAAAGAUUUUUAAAUGAUCGUGCAAGAUUAGUGAUGACUAUAAAAUUAUUCGUUGUGAUGGGUGUAUCCUGGGUUUGGGAAGCAUUUGGAAUUCGAGAUGAAGUAUGGUUUGUUUAUAUAGGUGAUGUAUUCAACGUCUUAAUGGGCAUACCGAUAUUUUUUAUAUUUGUUGCCAAACCAAAAGUAUGGAAUUUAUUAUGUAAACGUUUAGGCAUAAAACAACAAAAUAGACCACGAUCUAUUUCUACUGCAACAACAUCUAGUUCGAAUCCAUUACGUAUUAAAAAUAGCAUAAGUUCAAAUAGUUCUAUAAUGUUACCCAACACGUUAUCUGUAAAUCCUGGUGGUAAAUGAAAUAUUCAACACAAUGAAUAGUGGUAUGAUUUCUUUAAAACCUAUUUAUUUUCUGUGAUAUUAAUAUGCAAGCUAUCAUUCCAAAAGAUGUA